GAGAAGAAGGCAACGUAGGGUCUUUUACCCGCUCUCUCUCCCUUUCGGAAGUGAUCCAACCAAUAUGGAAAAUAAUAUCAAUAUUUAACUACCCAAUUGGACCCAGGAGGGUGGACUUUCCUUGCCUCCCUCCACAGACUUCACCACCCACCGUCAUCGUGACUCUCAAUAUUCCCCCGUCAUUGCCCCUGAAUUCAAAAAAGGUCUUCCUUCCCAAGAACUGAGCGCUUUCUGUGUGAUUGUGGUGAUUGGUGACGAUGGGAGGGCUGUGUUCGAGGAGUUCAAAUGAGGAGUACGCGGUUUCUAAAGCGAAUGGGUAUACCGGUGAUCGUUUCCAGUCGAAUGUGCAGAAGAGUAGUAAUUUGACUGCUCCGCCACCGCAGAAGUACGAAGUACGAGAACCGAAGAAGGAGACACAAGAACCCGUUGAGUAUCGUGAAACGGGUGCGUCAGCAGCAGGUCUUUACGGGGCGACUGGCCCUGAUGAUUUCUAUGAUGGAAUUCCUCGCUACAACCCGGGGGGGCCUUUGUCACAGAAAUCCAGAUCAGUAAGGUCGAGGCAGGCAGCUGUGGCAAAGGUCUCAGAGGUCAGUUCCCGGUUAGGGAAGGCUGGAAGUCUUGGGCUUGGAAAGGCAGUAGAAGUCCUGGACACGCUUGGAAGCAGCAUGACGAAUUUGAAUUCAGGAAGUGGUUUUGUUUCCGGAGCAGCAACUAAAGGCAAUGAAAUUACGAUUUUGGCAUUUGAGGUUGCAAACACGAUUAUGAAAGGUUCGAAUUUGAUGCAAUCCCUUUCAAAAAGAAGUAUUAGGCACCUGAAAGAAGUGGUGCUUCCUUCAGAUGGAGUGCAACAUUUAGUUUCAACAGAUAUGGAUGAACUCCUACGGAUUGUUGCAGCUGACAAAAGGGAGGAGUUGAAAAUAUUUUCAGGAGAGGUGGUUCGUUUCGGAAAUCGUUGUAAAGAUGCUCAGUGGCACAACUUGGACCGCUAUUUUGAGAAGAUCAGCAGAGAUUUUACCCCUCAAAACCAACUGAAGGACGAAGCAGAUUUGGUGAUGCAGCAACUCAUGACAUCGGUUCAGUUUACAGCUGAAUUAUACCAUGAAUUGAAUGCAUUGGACCGAUUCCAGCAAGAAUAUCAGCGUAGGUGUCAGGAGGACAGUUCAUUUGCCAGUCAGAAAGGUGACAACCUUGGGAUCAUGAAGGCAGAACUGAAAAGCCAAAAAAAGCAAGUAAAAAAUUUAAAGAAAAAAUCCCUCUGGUCCAGAAGCAUGGAAGAGGUGAUGGAGAAGCUUGUAGAUAUUGUUCGUUUCUUGCAUUUGGAGAUCCAUAAUACCUUCAGCAGUACUGACGCUCACAAACCAGUAGAUGAAUCCCUGAGCAGUCGCCAGAGAUUGGGACCUGCUGGACUUUCAUUGCAUUAUGCAAACAUAGUCAUCCAAAUUGAUAAUCUUGUACUCCGCUCAAGUUCUGCGGCUCCAAAUACAAGGGAUGCAUUAUACGAGAGCUUGCCACCUAGUAUAAAAUCAGCUCUACGCUCCAAACUACAACCUUUCAAUGCUAAAGUAGAGCUCACUAUUACUGAUAUUAAAGCUGAGAUGGAGAAGACUUUGCAGUGGCUCGUUCCAAUUGCCACAAACACAGCCAAGGCCCAUCAUGGUUUUGGCUGGGUUGGGGAGUGGGCGAGUACCGGUUCUGAGCUACACAGGAAGGCCACUGUGCAGACUGAUGUGAUUAGAAUUGAGACACUCCACCAUGCAGAUCAGGAAAAAACUGAAGCCUAUGUAAUUGAGCUAGUAUUGUGGCUUCACCAAUUAAUCAACCAAAGUAAAUCUAAUACAAACGGUGGUGGGAAGAGGUCAACAACAACUCAGCAGCCCAAGCAAGAGCCAUCCACCAAUGCCAAGCCACCCGUGCUAACAAGCGAAGAGCAGGAGAUGCUUCAGCGUGUAAGUAAGAAAAGAUGGUCAGCAGGCGGCAGUAAGAGUCAGGAUUUUAAUAGCUCUGGGAAGGCUAUCUUUGAAAAGCAAAGUAGGUUGAGCAAGAGUUACAACCAGUCCUCGAGGAGAAGAAGCAAGAAAUUGCUGUCUUCUAAUGAGCCAUCUUCCGGGCUUCCUGUCAUUGAGUUAGGCAUUGAAAAGGGGCACGCAUGAAUGUGGUUUACAUGCUUUACAGAAUGGAAAAGGCCUUUAAAGUUGAGUUAGAGAGUCAGAUACGGGUAAAAGUUAAAACAAUCGGUCUGCUAGUGUAAAUGUACUGUAUUUAUGCCAUUGUAGACGAUAUAGAAAAAAAAAAAAAAGAGUCAACUUUCUGUGCAUC